AUGUUGGCGCUCACGGAGGAUUCACCAGAGAGGUUCGAUCGAGGUGAGAAGGAGGAGGAGGUGAAGAGUAAGAUCUCGAAUUCCCUUGAGAGUGUGAGUGCUGCAGAGCCGAUGGGAGCAGAUCAAGAAGGAGUCAAGUCAACAACACAAGCAGGACCUACUCAAGACAGAAAACGAGACCUGUGGCUUGCGUCGGAGAGAGUUAUCCAUAUGCAACCUGGCCGGAUAGGCUGUUGGCUUGACCUGAGCACCGGUAUGAUUCGAAAGGUCUAUGAAGGGACACAGGCUGAAGGCCUUGGCCUUGAAGUGUUCGACUACAUCACCAAAGUUGGAUCUGCCAAGUUUAGCACCGCAGCUUUGGAAAACGCUAUGCACGGGUCAAAAGACUUUGAUGUGACAGUGGAAAAGCCUUCUGAAGUGGUCUGGGUUGUGCAAUGUUGUCUUUGGUGCUUGUACAGACCUGCAGGAGCGGUGGGUUGUUUGCUUUUGCUCGGCUUGCCUUACAUAAUCUAUCGAGGCCUCCUGUUUGGACUGGAUUUGGACAGUAAGACACUGUUGCACCCGGCAGUGCGUCUUGUGGUCUGCGCAAGUGUUGCCUAUGCUUUGGGGAAACUUGGCUGGUUGCUCCUAGACUGGUGCUAUUCAGGUCUUGGGUACAAGAUCAGAUUAGCUUCAAAAGCAGCAGGUAUUCUGGGGCUGGUGAUGGGUUGGCUGCUCAAUCUCUCCAAUCCUUUGCUGAACGUGAGGCUCCGCAGCGACAGCAUUAAGGUAAGUGAAGGGCUUCCUUGCGAACCAACACAAUUUACAGAGUGUGUGCACAAACCCUGUGCCGAGCUGCUGCGUGACAUUCCUGCAAACUUGGGUCCCAUUGGACUGCCCAUCCUGCUCGUGAUUUGUGACAUGUUGCCCGCAUGCUUGCGAUUCUACAACGAGUCGAUGCUCCUGUACGCGUCCAAGAUCACCCGCGGGUUGCCAGAGUACUGGUGCGACGUUGCGUGCAAUGCCUUUGUGCUUGCAGGCUGUACACUCGCUGUGGCCGUGGGACCUCUUCAGCUCUCCCGGGGCCUCCGAGUGUUCGAGCAUCAACUAACGAAUGCACGACGUUUGGACAGCAACAUGAACCUGCAAGUCGAGGCGGUGGAAGCUAUGCUGGCACAGGUGAACGAUGGGAAAGGCUGGGGGAUUCCCGUCUUCGAGGGCUUUGUCCUGACCAAGUCAGUCAUGCAGACUCUGUGCCUGCGCCUCCUGCUCGCUGGCACUGUAAUCAAGGCUUUCCUUGACACAGAGCUUGGCUUUCACCAGGAAGAGAAGGAGCGAUCGAACAUCCAGCUGGCAGCAAUUGUGGACGGCUUGCGCAACAUGACCAGUUUCUUCCAGAACCAGUCGACCUCGUUCCUCACAAAUCUGGAGAAUCCGACUUCCUGA